CACGAGCGGAGCGCAUCUGCUGAACUCACCUCGGAUUUAUUCAUCAAGACACAGAGCAUUUUUUUUGUGUGGACUUUUCGGUAUUGCUUCGGGUUCUUCACGUAAAUGUAAAAAAAACAAAAAAAAAACAACCCUAAUAUAUAUCGCGUUUGCGUGCGUGCAUGUCCAGCGGCUCUUAUUGCACUUUGACACAGAAAACUACGGUGUUGGACUUCAGCCUAGAAUCUGGAGGACAAAAUGCCUCAAACGCCACCAUUUCCAGCGAUGUUUGGGUCCAGUGGCUACAACAACAACCUCUACCAGACAAAAGAGGAGGACUACAGCGGCUUAUAUUACCAUGACAACAACCUGGUGUCAGGGUCUCUGGAGGCCCUCAUUCAGCACUUAGUCCCCACUGUGGCUUACUAUCCUGAUAGGACGUAUAUCUUCACAUUCUUGCUCAGUUCUCGUCUUUUCAUUCAUCCACAUGAGCUCAUGUCUAAAGUCUGCCACUUGUGCACAGACCAUCAGAAGCUCAGCGAUCCAUCAGCAGACAAGAUGAGAACCAGAAAACUCGCUCCUAAAGUCUUACAGUUGCUAACAGAAUGGACAGAGACGUUUCCUUAUGAUUUCCGGGAUGAAAGGAUGAUGAGGAGUCUAAAAGAAUUAACACAUCGGUUGAGCACUGGAGAUGAGGUCUACCGGAAAGCUGUGCAUCAGAUGAUUCAAACCCUGAUCCGUAAACUCACUACGCACAGUCAGUAUGAAGAAAACCUGGCCAAGAUCAACUCCACAGUGCCAGACAGACUAAUGGUUUUGAAAACCAAGCCUCAGUCUAUCCAGAGAGACAUCCUGACCAUCUGCAGUGACACAUUCACUCUAGCUCAACAGCUAACACAUAUUGAGUUGGAGCGACUAAGUUACAUAGGACCUGAAGAAUUUGUCCAGGCGUUUGUUCAGAAAGAUUCUCUUAACAAUGGAAAGAGUUGUUUUAGUGAUCGCAAGAAAGUCAGCAACCUGGAGGCAUAUGUGGAGUGGUUCAACAGGCUGAGCUACUUGGUAGCCACUGAGAUCUGUAUGCCUGUGAAGAAAAAGCACAGAGCUCGUGUCAUCGAGUUCUUCAUCGAUGUGGCACGGGAAUGCUUUAAUAUUGGCAACUUCAACUCUCUCAUGGCCAUCAUUUCUGGCAUGAAUAUGAGUCCAGUAUCUCGACUAAAGAAGACCUGGGCCAAAGUCAAAACAGCCAAGUUUGAUAUUCUGGAGCACCAGAUGGACCCGUCCAGCAACUUCUACAACUACAGAACAGCAUUACGUGGAGCCACACAAAGAUCUAUAACUGCACAUACCAGCAGAGAAAAGAUUGUUAUUCCAUUCUUCAGCCUCUUGAUCAAGGACAUUAUCUUCCUCAAUGAAGGAUGUGCUAACCGACUCCCAAAUGGACAGAUCAAUUAUGGGAAAUUCUGGGAGCUGGCCAAGCAGGUGAACGAGUUUAUGACCUGGAAGAAAGUGGAAUGUCCUUUUGAGAAGGACCGCAAGAUUCUGCAGUACCUCCUCACCGCUCCCAUCUUUAGCGAGGAUGCUUUGUAUCAGGCGUCCUACGAGAGCGAGGGACCGGAGAACAACAUGGAGAAAGACAGAUGGAAAUCUCUUAGGUCCUCUCUGCUGAACAGGAUGUAGUUCUACUGAAGAACCAAAGUCUAAUCAGUGAUGUUAAGCUUCUUAUAGCCAGCUGCAUUCCCAUUUUGUCACCUCAAAAAGUGAGAAGUAGCCCUGAUUUUGAAAGGAAACGACAAUCACUACUUUGAAAGUGUUUUGUGUGUAUGAUGGAUACUUGAUAUCACUUUGUAAAGAUUAUCACUUAUUGUACCUUCAAAAAGGCUAAUGUUUUUCUGGAGAAAAAAAACAUGCUGAGUUCUCGAUAUCACAUGGCUGCAACUCAUGAUGAAUUUUCCACUGUCUCAUGAGGUGUUUUAAAGCUUUUGAUGCACAUAGUCUUCUGAGUUUGCUGCUGGAUGGCCAACUCCGUGAACAGAAUAUUUAAAAACAAACAAAAAAACAAAACAAAAGAAGACUAAUAUUAAAACCAGCAUUGUGUGUACUUUGUAACAGUAUCUUAUAUUCAUAGUAUACAAUAUUUAAGUAUAGAUUUACUUUCUCUUUAUUUUUUGUUGUAUUUGAUAUGUUAUUUUAUACCUGAGGUAUUUGUAAUGUGUUUUUCUCACACGUGUGAGUGAAUGCCAAGUGUGGACGAGAGCGGCUCGUCAAGGUCUGCUGAAUGCACUGGGUUUCCUUUUCGGUUGUUGUAACCUGUUGUUUUUUUUUUACUUUUCUGUAGCAUUCAUAUUUACCUUUUAUGUGGGCUUUGCCCUGUUCAUAUGUAUCGAUGAAGGAGACACGAACACCUAUAUUCUGUUAGCAGUGUUACUAUAGGAACACAAUUUUUCACUCAUUCCACUGAAACACAUUGUCCAUCUACCUCCUGUUUACUCGAGCUAGUUUUGCUAUGAUGCUAUUAUGUGGCCCUCUGCUGGUCAUGCUUUAUUUAACACAUGCUACAGUAUACUACACACCCGUUACUGUAGGACUAGUUCAGCAGCAUAAUGUUAUUUUACACAAAUGAUUUUACUCAUCUGCUGAUGAAAUUCUUAUUAUUAUUUUAAGGAUUAGAUUGUUCCUGUUCUCUGACUAUACUGUGUUGUAAUUUUCCCUUUUAAGUGAUUUAUACAAAAUUUGUUACCUUUUGUUCUGUGUCCAUUUGUACAUAAACAUUUUGUAGCUACAAGAUAUUGUGCUAAUAUUUUAUAUUUAUCAACUUUGUAUGAGGCAGCCUCAUGUUCAGGGCACUAACAUACAACAUGAAGUUAAAGAGGUUAAUAUUACCUGAUGUUUAGUUUACCAUGUGGAUUUUUUUCUGCUUGUAAGAAAAUUUUCCAAAGCUUUACACAAAUAAAGUGUUUUUCUCUCCCGUG